AUGAACAAUAUGCAAGAUUUUGAGUUUCUGUUCAGUCUCCACUUUAUGUUUGAAAAUCGUACAAUUACAGACGACCUUUUACAAGCCUUACAGAAAAAGGAUAAGGAUAUUCAAAAUGCUAUGAGACAUAUUUUAGUGCCCAAUAUGGAGGAUAUUGUAGUAGUGAAAGGUCGGCCUAGGUGUGUAGCUCAACAGGUGACUUAUUUUCAUCGCUUUUAUGUUGAUUUGUAUUGUCAUGCGAUAGACUCAAUCUUGCAAGAGUUGAAUGAUCGAUUUCCAGAAACAACUACCAAGCUCUUUACUUGCAUUUCAUGUUUAAGUCAAAGAGAUUCAUUUGCAGCUUUUGAUAAUGAUAAAUUGCUACGUCUUACUCAGUUCUAUCCUUUGGACUUCAAUAGUGAAGAACUUUUCAGCUUGAUAAGUUUCUUUUGCUUGCUGCUAACCUUGGCUUUGAUAUUACUUGUGGCAACUGCAAGUGGUGAAAGUGUAUUUUCUGCUAUGAAUCUAAUCAAAAGUGAUUUGCGCAACAAAAUGGGAGAUGACUGUUUGAAUAUCAAUUUGGUGGUCUAA